GCGUAAAUGGGCUUUUGUUUUGGGUCUCAGGUGCGGCCAUGGUUCAGAGUCGAACUUCAUACACAGUACUACUAGGAUCCCAACAACACCAGGGCUUCAAGGUCGACCUUCUGCGGUCUUCUUAUCAUCCUCCGCCAUGGAUCCCGAAGAUUCCUUAUUGAGAAGCGACGAUGUGGACGAGAGUCUGUGGGAUUCACCUGCUAAAGCUGCCGGCAACCCCGAAGGGACUCCCAAAGCCUCGACCAAAAACGCAAAACCUAGUCGGCCAACAUAUCAAGAACAACAAGAACGGGAAGAGAGUCUGCGUCGGGAAUUAGAAGGCGUGCGGCAGGUCAAUGAGACCAUCGAAGACUUGAUCCAGAGUCUGAACAAAGCAAAGGAUAACAUGAAGACUGUCAACAAUACCGUCGGCGCUGCAUCUACACUACUCAAUACCUGGACUCGAAUACUGUCGCAAACAGAACACAAUCAGCGAUUGAUCCUCGAUCCCUCUUGGCACGGCGCCAGUCAAGAUAUUGCGGACAUUGACGACGAAGCCCUAGAAAAACAACGUGCAGCUGAACGACAAGAGGCUGAAGAGCAGGAGAGAAAACUUAUGGCAGCUAGACGUGCUGAAGAGGAAGAAAAGAGAAGAGCAGAGCUGGCUGCCAAACAGCCCAGACCCACCUCAAGCCGAGGAGCUAGAAUGGGCGCUGGAGGAAGAGUCCCGAGCACCACGUCCACUUCAUAUGUGCAGAUGGGUGGCAGCACCAAGCGAGGAACAUCAUCUAGCAGAAGAACAACAUCCGGCAUCGGGCGAGGGAUUGCCGGGAGAGGGUCCCGAGGACGUGGUUGAGUGGAUCUCUUUCCCAUCGGCGGUAUCUAUUUCAUGACCUUGCUGAGCGUCAGCUGUUGGACGACCAUGAGAGUCCCUGCAAUGGCUUCACCAAGCCGUUGACUUCUGUAACGACGCCGCUAGCUCAUUCCAUGCUCACCCUAGGGAACCUCCCGCAAAGUCAAUGUUGCGAGCCCCAGGCCUUUCUUGACCAGGCAGUUGGCAACCCCUCGACACCACUCGAUAAUCUGUGCGCCAGCUUCAGCGGCCCGGAAAGCGCUCACUGUCUCAUACACGAUCCUGAGAGCGUAAAAUGUCGAAGCUGGACCGUACAGCUUCAUCUCAUCCUGCAUCAAAUACUCCAUACUCUGGCAUAUGUUGGUGGCAAGCGCAAUGAUAUUUUUUCGAAGGGGUUCGUCAUCUUGGUCUGAAGCUACGGACGUCCCCGGCACAGUUGAGUACCCUCGCAGCACAUCAAGCUGCGUAAGACAAACAAUCUGAAAUGCCCAGAAGUGGACGUAUGCAUUUGCCGCAGAGACAUCCGGAAAAUACAAGGCCUUUGCAGGCAGUCGAUGUUCUGACUUGCGCAACGGGGCUGAUGGGACCUCCCAAAACAAAGGCCUCCCCUCUGCAGCGGCAAUCAGCAUUUGCUCCCACUGCCAAAGGCAUGCCAAAACCCGCCUCAGCGAGUCAUGGAGUGUCGAAACAGCAACUGGCAACUCGCUGUUCGCCACUGUCCUCAACGCAUCAAUGCUUUCGAGAAGGGACGGAAUUACGGCAGCUUCGGACAAUAAGGCUUGCAUUGAGGUUGCUCCAUGUCGCGAAAAUGGCACUUUAAUCCAGUCUUCUGAGGAAAGAAAGACGGAUUUGCGGUCAUUCAAGGCUUGCAAGAUCUGUGUCGUGUCAGUACAGCCAUUGCUACGACGGGGUUCUUCUCUCACAAUCAGAGGCCGAAAUCCAACAAAAAGGCUGUGAUUGAUACCAUCGCAGAGCAUAUGAGGCUCACAGCGCCGAAUCAGCUCACUGACACCUUUCACAUGUGCCUGCCAGCCGCCUUCUGUGGUCGGGACCAUCACCUAGGCGAAUAUGGGAUCAAGACCAUACUUGAGUAAGCGAGUGAAGAACAGUCAUACCUCAGAUAGUGUCAAACACAUACUCGCUAGAGCCAAAUCCGCCUCGAACACUUGGGAACUUUCCGUCAAGGCCUCUCUCAAGGCCAUCAGCACAUUGCAGUACGUCUGGACGUACUCUGUCUCCGCAUAUCGACCUAUACCGCGCUCGACAAACGUCAGACACAUGGCCCUCAUCGCCGCCAUAAGAACGGCAUAAUGUCUGCUUGGCCGCUUGAUCUUGACCAGCCCGUCGACCCACGAACCACAAAUCCUGGAAUGUAGGGUCGGGGUGGUGCUUCUGCAUGAGAGGAAGCGAAUCUCGUUGGUGGGGAUGUAUGCCUCAAUUAUCAGGUCGGACAGUAUAGAGUAACUGGCAUUUGAGAUGCUGGAGCCGUCCAGCCUGGGACGGCCUAGAGAGUUGUUGAACGGGGCGUUCGCGUCCACUUCAAUCGAAGCAAUCCAAUUUCGAGACCGGGACUCAUAAUCUGUGGCUGAUGCAGAAGCUGAAGAAUUCUCUUCCGACUUAUGGUGAAUGAUCGUCAGAAUCUGCGCGUACCCCGGGCAGACCUUGCCGCUGAACGUGCACUGGGUGCAUUGGGGUACUUUGCCAUCGCACUAUGAUGCUCGCUCCGAGGGUCAGACAAGAGACACCUUCGAUUGGCACGUCCAUGUUCUAGCGAACGAUGAUUGAAUGAACUUACUCCGAGCCGUCGUCUUCUGCAGGCCUGACAGACCGAUUUGUGCUUACCUCUCAUGAGGAUGGUGUCGACGACGUGAGGUCAAUUGGAAGGUUGCUUCGAGGUCUCGGCUUGUGGUGUAUCACAACACCAUAUUCGUAUCGGAUUCGGGGAGCUCGACAUUUGAAUGCAGGAUUGCUCGAAAGACAAAACACAGUUGGACGGUGGACUGAAGUUGAUAUCUUCCAUGUUUCGUUCACGAGGACGAAGAUUGUCUUCAUUGCUAGCAUCAAAAUCUUAGUCAGCAC